AUGGCAGACCCGGACCUGCCGCAGCCGAGAUACCACCACGUCGUCUUUGUCCAAACCAACGCCGACGACGGGUCAGGAGUAAAAUUCCAUGUCGUCGGCGACAUCACCAGCCUCGGCGGCAUGACGUACGAGUCGACAGAGUUCGGCAACCCGCUCGACGACCCAGCGUUCCACGGCAGCGACCUGCUCGGCUUCACCAUCGGCGAUGGAUUCCGACGGCGGUGGGACGAGGUGCUCGGAGGGCUGCCCACCCCGCCAAAGCAAAAGGAGUACAACGUGGCCACGGGCAGGACGGAGCUGGUCAAGACGUGGAACCCGCUCGCGUUUUAUGCGCCCGGUGAGGAGCGCCAGCCGCCGUGGAAGUGCACGGAGUGGACUAUGGAUCACGCCAUUCCGGCACUAUGGAAGAAUGGCUUGAUCGUGGAUGCGACUACAAAGGCAGUGGCUGGAGCUCGGGGCUCAUCGUAA